UGCAGCUGGGACCCUCCUGGAUUGGAUUUGAGUGCUAGAGCCUUUGGAGAAGGGUAGCUGUGGAGGGGGGCUGUUUCAAAUCCACUGCACACCCCUCAGAAUCCAUGACCAGAGAAGACUCUCUGUCAGUAGCCCCACAGAAGCCCUGGGCUCCCCAAACCCAGCCCUGGCUCUGGGACAUAGGAGGAUCAUUCUUAAGGACUGAGCUCAGGAUCCCUAAAAAAAAGUCGGAAAAUAGCUGGAUAAACUUGAUCACGAUGAGGACCUAGGGCAUCUGCCUGCUGACUGUCCCCCUGGCCUACAAUGACCAUGGCCCCCCGCAAGAGGAGCCGCCAUGGCCUGGGCUUCCUGUGCUGCUUCGGGGGCAGUGACCUCCCUGAGAUCAACCUCCGGGACAACCACCCUCUGCAGUACAUGGAGUUCUCCAGUCCUAUUCCGAACCCAGAGGAGCUUAACGUCCGCUUUGCAGAGUUGGUGGAUGAAUUGGAUCUCACUGACAAAAACCGGGAGGCUGUGUUUGCACUGCCUCCUGAGAAGAAGUGGCAGAUCUACUGCAGCAAGAAGAAGGAGCAGGAGGACCCCAACAAGUUAGCGACCAGCUGGCCUGACUAUUACAUUGACCGCAUCAACUCCAUGGCAGCGAUGCAGAGCCUGUAUGCAUUUGAUGAGGAGGAGACAGAGAUGAGGAAUCAAGUCGUGGAAGACCUCAAGACGGCUCUCCGGACACAGCCCAUGAGGUUUGUGACCCGCUUCAUCGAGCUGGAAGGCUUGACCUGUCUGCUGAAUUUCCUCCGGAGCAUGGACCAUGCCACCUGUGAGAGCCGCAUCCAUACCUCCCUCAUUGGAUGUAUCAAGGCUCUGAUGAACAACUCCCAGGGACGGGCGCACGUGCUGGCACAGCCCGAGGCCAUCAGCACCAUCGCACAGAGCUUGCGCACCGAGAACAGCAAGACCAAGGUGGCCGUGCUGGAGAUCCUGGGUGCUGUGUGCUUGGUGCCUGGCGGCCACAAGAAGGUGCUGCAGGCCAUGCUACACUACCAGGUGUACGCGGCAGAGAGGACACGCUUCCAGACACUGCUAAAUGAGCUAGACCGAAGUUUGGGCCGAUACCGGGAUGAAGUGAAUCUGAAAACAGCCAUCAUGUCCUUUAUCAAUGCUGUCCUCAACGCAGGGGCUGGGGAGGAUAACUUGGAGUUCCGCCUGCAUCUACGGUAUGAGUUCCUGAUGCUAGGGAUACAGCCUGUGAUUGACAAACUCCGGCAGCAUGAGAAUGCCAUCCUGGACAAGCAUCUGGAUUUCUUUGAGAUGGUCCGGAAUGAGGAUGACCUGGAGCUAGCCAGGAGGUUUGACAUGGUCCACAUUGACACCAAGAGUGCAUCCCAGAUGUUUGAGCUGAUCCACAAGAAGCUGAAGCACACGGAGGCCUACCCCUGCCUGCUGUCCGUCCUGCACCACUGCCUUCAGAUGCCCUACAAGAGGAAUGGUGGCUACUUCCAGCAAUGGCAGCUCCUGGACCGUAUCCUCCAGCAGAUUGUCCUGCAGGAUGAGAGGGGUGUGGAUCCUGACCUGGCUCCCUUAGAGAACUUCAACGUCAAGAACAUCGUCAACAUGCUCAUCAAUGAAAAUGAAGUGAAACAGUGGCGAGACCAAGCAGAGAAGUUCCGCAAAGAACACAUGGAGCUUGUAAGCAGACUAGAGAGGAAAGAGCGAGAGUGUGAGACAAAAACGUUGGAGAAAGAAGAGAUGAUGCGAACACUGAACAAGAUGAAGGAUAAGUUGUCCCGAGAGUCCCAAGAGCUGCGCCAGGCUCGAGGACAAGUGGCAGAGCUGGUAGCCCAACUCAGUGAACUCUCAACGGGACCUGUAUCUUCCCCGCCUCCCCCUGGGGGCCCACUUACUUUCUCUUCCUCCAUGACAACCAGUGACCUGCCUCCACCCCCACCACCUCUACCAUUCGCCUGCUGCCCCCCACCACCACCUCCACCCCUUCCACCUGGUGGGCCUCCCACUCCCCCAGGUGCUCCACCUUGCUUUAGCUUGGGUCUACCCCUCCCUCCAGACCCUUUCCCCAGCAGUGAUGUCCCACUCAGGAAGAAGUGUGUCCCACAGCCUUCCCACCCACUGAAGUCCUUCAACUGGGUCAAGCUGAAUGAGGAACGAGUCCCUGGCACCGUAUGGAAUGACAUCGAUGACAUGCAGGUAUUUCGGAUUCUGGACCUACAGGACUUUGAAAAAAUGUUUUCAGCUUAUCAAAGGCACCAGGAGCUGAUAACUAAUCCUUCUCAGCAGAAGGACUCAGGCUCCACAGAAGAUAUCUACCUGGCCUCCCGCAAGGUCAAGGAACUAUCUGUCAUUGAUGGCCGGAGGGCUCAGAACUGCAUCAUCCUGCUUUCCAAGCUGAAGCUUUCUAACGAGGAGAUCCGGCAGGCCAUCUUGAAGAUGGAUGAGCAGGAGGACCUGGCCAAGGACAUGCUGGAGCAGCUCCUUAAGUUCGUCCCAGAGAAGAGUGACAUUGACCUCCUGGAGGAGCAUAAGCAUGAAAUUGAGCGGAUGGCCCGUGCUGACCGCUUCCUCUACGAGAUGAGCAGGAUUGACCACUACCAGCAGCGACUACAGGCCCUCUUCUUCAAGAAGAAGUUCCAGGAGAGGCUUGCUGAGGCCAAGCCCAAGGUGGAAGCCAUCCUGCUGGCCUCCCGGGAGCUGGUCCGCAGCAAGCGGCUAAUGCAGAUGCUGGAGGUCGUCCUGGCCAUCGGCAACUUCAUGAACAAAGGGCAGCGUGGGGGCGCCUAUGGGUUCCGGGUGGCCAGCCUCAACAAGAUUGCCGACACCAAGUCCAGCAUAGACAGAAACAUCUCUCUGCUCCAUUAUUUGAUCAUGAUCCUGGAGAAGCAUUUUCCCGACAUCCUGAACAUGCCUUCGGAGCUGCAGCACCUUCCAGAAGCUGCAAAAGUCAACCUGGCAGAGCUGGAGAAGGAGGUGGGCAACCUCAGGCGGGGCCUCAGAGCAGUUGAAGUGGAGCUGGACUAUCAGAAGCGCCAGGUGCGGGAACCAAAUGACAAAUUUGUCCCAGUUAUGAGUGACUUCAUCACAGUCUCCAGUUUCAGCUUCUCAGAGCUGGAGGACCAGCUCAAUGAGGCCAAGGACAAGUUCUCCAAGGCCCUGACACAUUUUGGGGAACAUGACAGCAAGAUGCAGCCAGAUGAGUUCUUCGGCAUCUUUGACACCUUCCUGCAGGCCUUUUCAGAGGCCCGGCAGGAUCUGGAGGCCAUGAGGAAGAGAAAGGAGGAGGAGGAGCGGCGGGCACGUAUGGAGGCCAUGCUGAAGGAACAGAGGGAGCGGGAGCGGUGGCAGCGGCAACGGAAAGUCCCGGCUGGCAGCGCGCUGGAGGAGGGAGGAGAGUUUGAUGACCUGGUGUCAGCCUUACGCUCCGGGGAAGUGUUCGACAAGGACUUAUGCAAGCUCAAGCGCAGUCGCAAGCGGUCAGGGAGCCAGGCCCUGGAAGUCACCCGGGAGCGGGCAAUAAACAGGCUAAAUUAUUGACAUGGGGACAGGCCAUAGCAGGAGGCCAGGGACAGGAUGGACCCAGAGGGGCUGAGCAGAGGCGGCGGUGGUACUUAAUCUGGUGCUUGGUGUGGAGCCCGGGGCUGGGUCCUGGGGUGGGCGCUGUGUGUGGUGUCUCCCCACUUACCUACAGGGGCUCCUCUCACCUUCCUCUUUCCAUUCUUCUUUCUGACGCCUCAGGGGUCAGUCUCUGAGGCUGACUUGGUCACCCCUGGCAGGCCCCAGCUGAACCCUACUCCCCGGGCCCUAGAACUGUUCCACAUCUAGACGGUAGGGCUCCACGGACCAUGGCCAGACUUCAAGUGUAGUGAGGAGUAAGGGUGGCCUUCUGAGAGCCAGGGUGAAGAAAUCCAGGUUCCCAGCCUCUGAAGAGGAGACCCUCGCGGAACUGGAAUCGGAGGGACCGAUUUUCCUCUUGCGUGGAAAAAGAAGCGAUAUACGAUAGUACCUGUUUCUUACAUCAUGAGUCCUUGGGUCCCUCUCGUGUGUGUCUGAAGUCACUAUCUUCCUUCCCUUCCCACCUACAUCCGAUCUACUAAUCCAGAAUCCCUGAAACUCAUCUUUGGGUUCCCAUGACUAUGACUCACUUAUCAGGUACUUGAUGAAUCUGCUAAGGGAAGGGGGUUCACGAAAGUCAGUGCUCAUCACCACACCCCAAGCCUUGGGAUUCGGGACCCUGGACCGCACACUCCCGUGACCUCUAUCUUACAAGUGGACAAUUUCUUGAAGCCACAGUGACUCUGCAUCUUGUCUAGCAGUUCCCAGAGGGCAGCACUCGAGUGCCUAGCACCACCAGGAACCCUCUGCUCUCACAUCCCAUACCCGGUGCCAUAGGCUGGAGGCCACAGAGGCCCCCCUACUCUGACAACCACUUCAAGCCAUGUAAAUCUGCCUGAGGUUGGCCCUGGGUGUCAGUUUCUGAGGACCCAAGGGCCAAAGCUGCUUUCUGCAUUUCCAGCUCUCUCUGUUGGAGGUGUGGGGAGUGGCGACAAGCAUGCAGGGAAACCUGGGGAAAGGGCAAUGGAGGCUGGCGCAGACUUCCUUGGGGGUGUGCACUGCCUCAGGAACCACGGGCGGACAGCUGAGGGGAUCCUGCUG